UGGAACGUUUUGUAGCCAGUUUGAUCGCUACGGGCUCUUUCUAGUAUCCCUGCUAUUUCCUGCUGGGACAGAAAGAUUCCAGCGGUCUCGCCUUGGCUUUCCCCCUCCUCGCGCUCUCUCCGCUCUGCGUCGGCGGGAAGAAUUUCCCUUUUAACUCGCUUUCCCCUUUCGGAAGGACCCCCCGAUCGGCACUGCUUGGGCGGCGGGCGAGAAGAAGGAUCGCGCCCCUCAAUUCCGCCUGCACAUCUCCCCGGGGCUGAGCUUUAGAGUUCUUGUUUCCACUGCCCCCUCCCCGGGCAUGCUUUGCUGGGCAGGAGGGUAAGGGGGGGCUUUUUUCCUCAGCGCUGCUGACCCCCUCCGCCCGCCCCAGGCGAAGAGCUUCGCCGGCGCCGGAAAGCCGUGGGUACGCUGGCGGAGGGGGGAACGAAGGAGCGCGGCUAAGAGGAUUUCUCUCUGCCUGGAUUGCAUUGCGGCGGUUGUUGCAAAGGUGGGGGAGAGAGGAUCCUGCUUCCCCCUCACGCCCUGCCGGAUCUUCCUUCGAUCCUCCUGCGAGCAACCGGAGAGCCAGCGCUGGGCUGGAGGGAAGAGAUACCUUGAGGUCUAGGAUGCUGGCGGCCUCUUUUUAAAAAAGCUGGAGCGGACACCGGCCUUUCGAAGACGACUGCGAGGAAACAGCCGGUUCUCCCCUCGAGAGCCUCGAUUUUCGCCUCCGCUUUUCCCCGCUUCCCUCCUCGCCCUUCUGUUUUUGUCCUUCGGGGUUGUGUGGCGCCGCAGCAUCUUCCAAGCUGGAGCACCAUGGAGCUGGAGAACAUUGUAGCCAAUACAGUUUUACUGAAAGCCAGAGAAGGAGGUGGAGGGAAACGGAAAGGAAGGAGCAAGAAAUGGAGAGAGAUCCUCAAGUUCCCACACAUCAGCCAAUGUGAUGAGCUCCGGAAAGGGUUGGAACGAGAUUACAACAGUUUGUGUGACAAGCAACCCAUCGGCCGACUUCUAUUUCGACAGUUUUGUGAGACCCGGGUGGAACUCCUACGGUGUAUCCACUUCCUGGACGCUGUGGCAGAAUAUGAGCUUUCUCCAGAUGAGAAACGCAAGGAAAUGGGAGAAGAAGUCAUUCAGCAGUUUUUCAACAAGGAGUCCCUGGGCUAUAUGGCAGAGAUUUGUGAACUUCUUAUGAACCAGUGCAUAGAAGACGUACAGAGAAUCCCUUGCAAGGAGCUCUUUGGCUGCUGUGUACAGCGGCUGCAUGAAUACCUGGCUGGUGCCCCUUUCGCAAAUUACCAGGACAGCAUGUAUUUUGACAGAUUCCUCCAGUGGAAAUAUCUGGAGAGGCAAUCUGUGACCAAAGACACCUUCAGGCAAUACCGGAUCCUAGGCAAAGGCGGCUUUGGAGAGGUUUGCGCAUGCCAGGUACGUGCUACAGGGAAGAUGUACGCUUGCAAAAAGCUGGAGAAGAAACGCAUCAAGAAGCGGAAAGGGGAAGCAAUGGCUCUGAACGAGAAGCAGAUCUUGGAGAAGGUCAAUAGCCGAUUUGUGGUCAGUUUAGCUUAUGCAUAUGAAACCAAGGAUGCUCUGUGCCUGGUCCUCACAAUCAUGAAUGGAGGUGACCUGAAGUUUCACAUCUACAACAUGGGCAACUCGGGUUUUGACAAUGAGCGGGUCAUCUUCUAUGCUGCAGAGAUUUGCUGUGGCCUUGAACAUUUGCACCGGGAGGGCAUUGUAUACAGGGACUUAAAGCCCGAGAACAUUCUCCUGGAUGAUGAUGGGCACAUUCGGAUCUCAGAUCUGGGGCUGGCCAUCAAGAUCCCCGAAGGUGACACCAUCCGUGGCCGUGUAGGAACUGUGGGCUAUAUGGCUCCUGAAGUAAUUAACAAUGAGCGCUACUCCUUCAGCCCAGACUGGUGGGGGCUUGGCUGCCUCAUCUAUGAGAUGAUCGAGGGCCAGUCACCAUUCCGGGCCCGCAAGGAACGAGUGAAGAGGGAAGAGGUAGAAAAGAGGGUUCAGGAGGACAACGAAAAGUAUUCAGACAAGUUCUCUGAAGAUGCCCAAGCUAUCUGCAAGUUGCUCCUAACUAAAGAUCCUAAGCAGCGGCUUGGAAACAAAAGUGAGGGGGCUGUCCAGGUGAAGCAGCACCCAUUCUUCAGGACAAUCAAUUUCAAGCGACUGGAAGCUGGGAUUUUGAAGCCCUCAUUUGUGCCAGAUCCUCGGGCUGUGUAUUGUAAGGACGUACUGGACAUUGAACAAUUCUCCACUGUGAAGGGUGUCAACUUAGACCAAACCGACAAUGAUUUCUAUGUCAAAUUUGCCACAGGCUGUGUCUCAAUCCCCUGGCAGAACGAGAUGAUCGAGACAGAAUGCUUUAAGGAUCUCAACAUCUUUGGACCAAAUGGCACCCGAUCCCCGGAUCUGGACUGGAAGCAGCUCCCUGACCCACCCAAGCGUAGCCUCUUGCAGAGGCUCUUCCGGCGUAACCCAAGUGACUUCACCAUCAGCACCAACGUACAUUCCAAUCUGUCGGCAGCCCCCUCACCAGCUUGGCCCAUGGCACAGGCUCCCUCCUGACCUCUGGAACUAGCACUCAUCCUUUGCCUUCUCAGGGUUGCCUUAGGCUGAUAUAUGGAAGUUCCUGUCUUGGGCGAGGCUCUGUUACUGCUGGGAGCCAAAGGAACACAGCCUUCCAAUUGGCAGGGCAGCAAUGGUCCAGAAGACCUUUGCCACCUUCUGGUGCUGAUGUAGAUUGGGGGCAUGGAGACUCUUCUUGUCCAGAACCUUGGCUGCUGCUUGUUGACAGGGUCUUCCUUCAUCUUUGACUGAACAGGGAGUAUCCAUGGCUCUCCCCCAUUUUCUUUGUCUCAUCACCUCCUGACCCAACUUUCAUGGGAGAUCAACUGGGGAUAUGUACCUGAGAAGGAAGGAUUUUAAAACAGAAAGAACUACCAAUGACACCUGAAGAUGGCAGAGAUGAGGGCUGGAGUCUUAAACUAGAGAGAAAAAGAGAAUGCACAGCUUGGACAAAAUUGCAAUGGGGAUGAUAAAGACUCCCCCCCCCUUGCAUUGGCAUUUCCAGAGACUGGUGGAUACGUGUGUGUUGGUUUGUGUGUGGAUGUGUAUUGAAAGUUCAGCUCCUUGGAGUUCGUUCAGGGUUUUUCCAGGGAUCUCUCCCACCCACACCAUCGAUUCUACAGCCUGGGUCCAUUGCAAAGCCAGAAUACGGAAGACAAAGUUGAAGAGCAAUUGGUUGUCUUUUAGGACAUCAUUUCUUGGCUGGUCAUCCUCCAGCUCUGCUGGACUGUCCAGCCUCUCUAAUCCCUAAACAAUACAGCCUUUAGACCUGACUGUUGGGCGGGGUCAACUGGAAUCCAGGACACGUGGAAAUCUUCAGAUACAGAACGCUGCUUUACAGGCACUCAACAGGAAAAGACAGAGAGGUGAGAUGGAUGACACCUCAGUCUGCAUAAAGGCUUCAGUGUUCCCAAACCCUGGCUUUAACCUCAACCUGCAGUGUUGAAGAUAUAUAUUUUUUAAUCCUACAUAUUUUAAUUUUUAUUACAAUUGUUUCUGUAGGCCUGCCUACUCAUUUAUUUUAUUUCAUUUCCUUUCUGUCUCGGCAUUUUCUCAUUCUCACAUGAACUUUCCUUUUUCUCUCUAUGCCAACCAGCCUAGUUGGUUCCUGUUGUAUGCAGGGUCUACCCUGAUUGUGAUCAUAUGCUCAAGGACGAUGGAACCUGGGUCUUCGCUUGUUUGCGAGCCUGGUUUCUGGCAUGCCACCACCCAAUGUGGGUCCAUGGACCGAGGGUUGGGGACGCCUACCCUAAUGUAUUUCAUUUUAGGGAAAAAAGGAUCAUUUUGUUGCUGCUAUUACUAAAUAAUUGGAAAUCCCUGUUGCUUCUUUUCUUUGAAAGUGAUAGCAAUAAUGAUGCAGAGAGAAAUGCACGAGGAGAGCAUUUCUCUCUAAGUAAGAGAAGGGGAAAGGACAAGAGCGGAGAGGGCAGGGAAGUCCCACCAUAGGAAACUUUGUCCCCAAAUUUCUCCAAACCCAAUCAGGAAACAGGACCCUGGAGCUGUGUGAGAAACAGUGUGGAAGUUAGAGACUUAUAGCUCUCCAGAGGCUGGGUGGGGCACAACUCUCAGCAUCUCUUACCUUAGCCCUUCCUAGGUGGAAAUUGUCAUUUAACAACCUCUGGACAAGCUAUAGAUUUUCUAGUUCUAAACAGGGUUAGGUUGUCUUUAGCUUAUAAUAUACCUACUUUAGUGCUCCAGUUUAACCCUGUUUCCUACGUAUCUUCACUUCUCUGCCAUUUGUUUUUAUGAUCAUAGGAAGCUCUAAAUCAGGGGUAGUCAACCUUUUGAAUACCUACCGCCCACUUUUGUAUCUCUGUUAGUAGUAAAAAUUUU